GUGAUUCUCUUGCAGUAGCAGGAAGAACAAACCGACAUUUCAACCGGAAGUGACUACGAGGAGGAGGAAGUGCAACAAGAGCGUCCGAGAUUUAUAACAAAAGUCUACAAAAAAGGGUGAUGGAUUCUCCAGGCAGCAGUCCCAGUCCGGCUCAAAAGAACCACAGUGAUGAGGAGUCCGGUGCUGAUGCCAAACCGGCAGAGGGUCAGACCGCAGCACCCCGAAGGCACACCUCCUCACCCUCUAGCUCCUCCUCCUCUGGCGCAGAGGAGGACCAGGAUGACAGCAGCAGCAGUGAGGAUGAUGAGCACCAGGGGGCUAUGAGAAGGCUCCGGAGCAGCGUGGCCCACGUUAUAAGAACCAUUCCCACAACUCAAGAUCAGGACAGACCUGGUUCUACAGAAAAAGACGGCUCCAAAUCCCGUUCGAGGUCCAGAGAGUCAGACCCAAACCGGGACCAAACCAGAGACUCAGACCGAGACCGGUCCAGAUCUGAAGACCCCGACCAAAUCCCAAAGAGAGAAGAUCAGUCUAACAGAGACAGAUCCAGAUCCAAGUCCCGAGACCGAUCCAGAGACCGAUCCAGAUCUGGAGAGGGAGACAGGAGGAGAGACAGGUCCAGAGACAUAGACAAGAGGAGAGACAGGAAGAACAGGUCCAGGGACAGGUCGAGAGAAAGAUCCAGGUCCAGGGGAAGGGGCAGACGGGAGCGCUCCAGGUCCAGAGAGAGGAACAGAGACUGGGACCGGGACCGCUUCGACAGGGGACACAAUGGACGAGAUCGCCGUGGUGACCGCUACGACAGACGCGGAGCCAAUUGGCAGGGAGAGUCCGAGGUGAGGAGACGGGGCCACUCCUCUUCUCCUGCUGAGAGAGAGCCCACAGCAGCAGGUGAAGAGCCUCCAGUGAAGAGGAAGAAGGAGGAGCUAGAUCCCAUCCUCACCCGGACAGGAGGAGCCUACAUCCCCCCCGCCAAACUGAGGCUUAUGCAGCAGCAGAUCACUGACAAGAGCAGUCUGGCCUAUCAGAGGAUGAGCUGGGAGGCACUGAAGAAGUCCAUCAAUGGUCUCAUCAACAAAGUCAACGUGUCCAACAUCGUGAACAUCAUCCAGGAGCUGCUGCAGGAGAACAUCGUGCGGGGCAGGGGUCUUCUGGCUCGCUCAGUGUUGCAGGCCCAGGCAGCAUCUCCCAUAUUCACUCACGUCUAUGCUGCGGUGGUGGCCAUCAUCAACUCAAAGUUCCCUCAGAUUGGAGAGCUCAUCCUCAAACGGCUCAUCCUCAACUUCAGGAAGAGCUACCGCCGUAACCUCAAGCAACAGUGCCUCACAGCCUCCAAGUUUGUGGCUCAUCUCAUCAACCAGAAUGUGGCUCAUGAGGUGUUGUCUCUGGAGAUGCUGACCCUGUUGCUGGAGCGCCCCACAGACGACAGUGUGGAGGUGGCCAUCGCCUUCCUCAAAGAGUGUGGCCUCAAGCUCACCGAGGUGUCCCCCCGAGGCAUAAAUGCCAUCUUUGAGCGCCUGAGGAAUGUGCUGCACGAGUCGGCCAUAGACAAGCGUGUGCAAUACAUGAUUGAAGUCAUGUUCGCCAUCAGGAAGGACGGCUUCAAGGACCACCCAGUGAUCCCCGAGGGGCUAGACCUAGUGGACGAGGAUGACCAGUUCACCCACAUGAUGCCCCUGGAGGACGACUACAACACAGAGGAUGUGCUCAACGUGUUCAAGUUGGACCCAGACUUCCUGGAGAAUGAAGAGAAAUACAAGACCCUGAGGAGAGAUAUACUGGACGAGGGCAGCAGCGACUCAGGAGAAGAGGGAGAUGGCAGCGAUGACGAUGAUGACGAAGAGGAGAAUGAAGAGGGGGAGGAUGCAGAAGGAGAGAAAGUGACCAUUUUUGAUCAGACAGAGGUGAACCUGGUGGCCUUCAGGAGGACCAUCUACCUGGCCAUCCAGUCCAGCCUGGACUUUGAGGAGUGUGCCCAUAAACUCAUCAAGAUGGACUUUCCAGACAGUCAGACGAAGGAGCUGUGUAACAUGGUGCUGGACUGUUGCGCUCAACAGAGGACCUAUGAGAAGUUCUUUGGACUGUUGGCCGGGAGGUUCUGUCUCUUGAAAAAGGACUACAUGGAGAGCUUUGAGGCCAUCUUUGCAGAGCAGUACGAGACCAUCCACCGCCUGGAGACCAACAAGCUGAGGAACGUAGCCCGCCUUUUUGCCCACCUUCUCUACACCGACUCUGUGCCCUGGAGUGUGUUGGAGUGCGUUAAGAUGAGUGAGGAGACCACUACGUCCUCCAGCAGGAUCUUUGUCAAGAUCCUCUUCCAGGAGCUAUGUGCGUUCAUGGGGCUGCCUAAGCUCAACCAGAGGCUCAAAGACCCGACAUUGCAGCCGUUCUUUGAGGGUCUGUUUCCACGGGACAAUCCCAGAAACACACGCUUUGCCAUCAACUUCUUCACCUCCAUUGGCCUGGGAGGACUCACGGAUGAACUCAGGGAACAUCUGAAAAACGCCCCCAAAAUGAUCAUGACCCAGAACCAGGAAGUGGAGUCCUCGGAUUCUGACUCCUCGUCCUCCUCUUCCUCAUCUGACUCCUCCUCAGAGUCCUCCUCCGAUUCAUCUGACUCCUCUUCCAGUAGCAGCUCUUCAGAUUCAGAUGAGAAACACAAAAAGAAGAAAGGAAAACAGCUGACCAAGAAGAAAGGAAAGAAAGAACAUGUCGAAAAGGAGGACAAGUCAGACCGUGGGGACAGGGGCAAGAAGAGGGACGAACGGAGAACAAAAGACACCAGGGAGGAGAAGAGAGAUGACAGGAGAGUGAGGGAUGAGAGAGACGAAAGAGAGGAGAGGAGGACGAGAAACGAGAGAGAGGAGCAAAGAACAAGGGAGGACAGGGAGGAGAGAGAGGACAGGAGGGCGAGAAGCGAGAGGGAGGACAGAGACACAGAGGACAGGAGGUGGAGCAGACGAGAAGAACAAGAGGGACCCAAAAGACAGAAGGACGAUCGCAGGAAGGCAGAGGAUAGGCGAAAAGACAGAGACAGGGACACAGGGGACACCAGGAGUAAAGGCGGGGACAGAGACAUGGAGGACACCAGGGAGAGAGAGCGCAACAAGGAGAACAGGGACAGGAACAGAGAUGACAGGAGACGCACGUAGGACGAUGUCAAAGGAUUUUCUAUUGUAUUAUUACUGUGGAGAUUGAUAAUGAACUGUGUAUAAAACAUUAAAGCUGUUUAGAUGUUUGUAAUGGCUGCUUAGGUUUAUUUUAUAUUGUAAAAGAAAAUUCACAAACUCUUAAGUGCUACUAAUAUCAAUCAGUCAUGAGCCUGGUUAAGUCCCUACAAGAACUGUGUCAGACUGCCACUGCUGCUUUAAUGUUGGGUGAAAAGUUUGGUGCC